GAGUUACUUGGGUGGGCAAGUGAAACAACAAAUUUCGAAUUAAAACUUAUUUCGCAUUGAUUAAUUGCUUUAUGAUAUAACUACAAACUACUGCAACACGUUCAAAUUGGGUUGCGCUUGCGACGCAAGCACUUUUGAAGGACGACAAAAAGAAAACUGAAAAGACUGAAACGCAAACGCAAACGAUUUCUAAUCACACUCGAAGACUUUCUUUCUACUACACAAUUACAACUACAAUUACAUCUACGAAAUAACAUCACACUUCUGACUGACUGACGGACAGCCAGCCAGCCCGAAAGAGGAAAAACGCUCAACAACUCGCAGCUCACAGCUCAUAUCACACAUAAAAAGUGUGCCAAAUCCAGCCACCCGCCCGCCCGCCUGUCUGUCGCCCAUUUUCUAAGCCACACGGCGGAAUCAGAAAUCAGCAUAAAAACAAACAAACAAGAAUUCGCAAUAAUACAGAACAGCAAAGCGGAUCAGCGCAAAAAGAAUUCAAUCGGCUGGGCGCUUGUGAGUGACUGUUGAGGAAUAUUGAUGCACACAGGGGACGUGCGGAGAGAGAGGCAGGGGCGUUUUUUCCGAGUUUCGCUGUGGACAACGACGACGACAACCGAUAAAAGAAUAGUAAUAUGAACGGCAAGGCGCCAUUGAAUGGUGGCGGAGCAACCAGCGUUGAUUUGUACGUCACGCAUCUGGAUCAUGUUGGCCCCUAUCUGAAGGUGUACGGUCAGGCCAAUCUGGAUGCGGCCCUGAUGGUUAGUCAGCGCAUCGAGAAAUUGCUUCCGACAUGCUUUGCCAUAGACCCGAGUUGGUCAAUUGAGCGCCAACAGGCGCUUCUCACGCCCGGCACAUGCUGUGUGCUCAAGCGAAGAAAUGGCGCCGCUCCCGGCGACGUGGAAUAUAUGCGAACCCGUGUUCUCAGCGCUGGCAUCAAUGACAGCAAACACCACACGGGCAACACUCGCAGCCAAAUGCGCGUCGAGAUUGAGUUUCUUGAUUACGGCUACAAGCGUAACGUGAGCAGUCAUGAUCUGCUAUUCUCAAAACAGCCGCAACUGCUGCAGAAUAUUCCAGUUCUCUGCUCGCAAUAUAUUGUGCUGGGCAUAUGCUCAGAGUGGAAUCAAAGCGAACUGGAUGCGGUGAAUCAAUUGAUGGCAAAUCAUGUCGUCAGCAUCGAGGUGGAUCCCGACCAGAUAUGUGGCCAGAAAUUUGCCAGCGUACGCUGGAAGGAUUUCGAGCUCAAUGAGUUCCUUGUGGAGCAGAAGCAAAUCGGUGCACCCAUUGCCAAAGAGCUGAUCAUGGACCACUGCAAGAAUCUGUGGAAGGCGGCCUCACCACAGACCAACCUUAUCGAGUACAACAACAAUAGCAUCCAGCACACGAACAACUCCUCCAAGACGCCCACAGACUUGGCGCGCGAACAAAUUGCGGCACGCUAUUCGCUUGCCGCUCGCCUCGACGUGCAUCGCACGCUAGCCACAACGCCAACCAGACCGCUAAAAACCGCAGCGACAAACGAGUAUAUACCACCUGCCAAGCAGCUGCAGCAGCAGCAGGUGGUGCAGCCGCCUCCCCAAAUGGUGAUGCCUACGCCCUUGGCCAAUUUGACAAAUGUUUUGCCAAGCAGCAUUCAGGCGGCACCCGGCGUACAUCUGGCCAAUGUACAGAAGGCGGCGCCAUUUGCCACGGCCAAUCAUCUAGCAUACAAUACACAACGUGCCAAUUAUUCUUCAACUUCCGAGCCAUCGUCGGGGCUGUUGCCCACGCACAAUGUUUACACGCCCAAAACUAGUCCCAGGCCACUGAAUAUGUAUUAUAAUGUGCGCCUCAAUAAUCCCAUGCAGCCGCAGCAGGUGCAGCCGCAGCAGAUGCCACUGAUGCAGUUGCCCAAGCAGCCAGCGCUGAGCUAUGCUCACGCACCACGAUAUACACUAUCGCAACCACCGCCAGCGGCUGCAGCAGCUGCACAGAAGAAGCAACAAGUGCUGCAACCCAUUAUUCCGGCAUUUCGGACCACCAGCCUCACAGUGGGUCUGACCUACGAUGUUUACGUGAGCUUCGUGGAGAACGGACCACAUCUGUUCUGGGUGCAGCUGAAGAGCGCGGAGAACGAUCUGAACGCCAUGAUGGGCCAGAUCGAGCGUAUGCGUAUGCAGACACUCAUUCAAUAUCCGGGCGUGGGCACUGCAUGUGUGGCACGCUUCUCCGAGGAUGGCAAUUGCUAUCGUGCCUUAGUCAGCGCCGUCUACGGCAAGCGUAUCCGUGUUGUCUAUGUGGAUUAUGGCAACGCCGAGAUGGUCACGCUGACAGAUCUCUAUCAGAUACCUCAGGAACUGUUGCAGAUCAAACCGUUUGCCUUUCGCUUCGCACUCGCGGGCGCCAAGGAGUUGGGCGCCCUCGAUGAGAGCAUGAAACGCAUCUUUCAAAGUUCAGUGAUAUAUAAAAACUUCCAAUUGACAGUGCAGGCGGCUGAGAGUGUGGGCUCCAUGCAAACCUGCCAGCUGAUGCGCAAUGGCAACAGCAAGCUGGAGGAGCUAAAGAUGCAGAAGAAUUCGCGUCAGGCGUAUACCAAAGCGGAGCCACUGCAAAAUGAUGAUAUCGUCGAGAUACGUUACAUCGAUUCGCCGAACAACUUUUACGUGCAGAAGGUGAACAACGUGAAGCAAUUCGAGCAGCUGAUGGAUGAAAUGUUUGCCUACUACAACAUCAAUCAGAUGGUGCCCGAUCAGCUCGUCCUUGGCGCACCCUGUGUCGUCAAAUGCGAGGGUGAAUGGUAUCGUGCCGAGCUGCUGCGCGUGGAUGACUCCUCCACAACUAUUGUGCGUCACGUGGACUUUGGCUAUGAGGAGGCAGUGCAAAAGCAUUUGAUCGGCAUCAUUGCCGAGAAGCAUCUGAAGAUGCCGCGCCAGGCGAUCAAGUGCUGCCUGAAGGGUUUCGAGAACAGCGAGCUGAGAGAGGAUAAGAUCACCGUUCAGUUCGAGAUGCUUGCCGAGGAGUCGAACGUCAGUCGUCGCGCGUUCAGCGUUCGUGUCUUUCGCAUUGAACCCGAUGGCCUCAAUGUCGUCAAUCUGCUGGCCAAGAAUCUGAACGUGAUGAAGAAGCUCUACAAGCUGUCCAUGCCAUUUGAGCAGUAUCUCACCCUGGAGAAGGGUCAAUUCAAUGCGAAUGUGACGCGUGCCGAGUCUAUAACUUCAGAGGCAGCGCCUCAGCAGCUGGAGAAGGGUCAGGUGCUCAACUCGACGACCGUCGAGAGUGAGGAUCGCAUGCAGCUGCAGCAGAAGCAGAAAAGGAAUGCCAACAACGAAUGGGACAAGCACAGCUCAGCAUCUGCCAGUUCGAAGGAUACCCAAUCGCAGCAGAGCGGCGCCAAGCGUCCGGUGCAACAGCAUCCGGCACGACCCGAACGCAAUGGUGGCGUCGAUGGCAAUUUGGUUCGACGCAGUCGAGAUACGCGCAUCGACACCAGCUUUGAGAGUCACAGCACCAGCAGCUACACCAGCGGCAUGAGCUCCCCGCGCAAGGGCAACCGCCAAAAUGGACGCAAUCGCACGGAUUCGCCGCGACUGCAAAAUGGCGUCUGCAAACCGGAAGCCAACAAAAAUACUCGCUUUGCCAAUAAUCAGUCGCCACGCAAAGAUCAAGCGCAGCAGCAGCAGCAGUCGCAGCGGAAUUCGCCCAACCAGCGCUCACAGAAUGCACCGCAGGGCUUCGCACAGAAGCCACAACGUCAAAAGUCCACGCUGGAUGGCGGCAGUUCGAAGCGAUCGAGUGGUGUGGAAAGUGAUGCCACAUCUAAUGCGGAGACAACAGCAGCUAAGGCGGUGCCCAUGCCCGAGCCGGAGAAAUAUGUGCCGCUGGACAAAGCGUUUGCAGUGCAGGAUAUAAAAACGCCCACCAAGGAGGCGGCUAGUCUCUCGUGGUGGGUAUCGCCAUUCCAAUUUUACGUAGUGCCAAAAUCCCUUGCCACCAAAUACGAGAGUCUGUUGCGCGAGAUGCGGCAGUUCUAUCGCCAGAAGCCCCAUCAGCAGCUCCAGCUGAAGGUCGGCUCCAGUGUGGUUGUGCGUCAGCGCAAGGACAAUGCCAUAAUGCGGGGCACCGUUGUUGCCUCCAAUCAGAUGGUGCGCAAAUAUCGCAUCUUCUGCGUCGACGCUGGCAAUAUGUUGACUGUCUCCUCGGAGGAUGUCUGGCAGCUGGAGCAGCGAUUUGCAGAGCCGCCGUGUCUGGCGCAACGCUGCAGCUUCGACCGAGUGGUGACCAAUUAUGAUCAUUUGUAUAUCGUUGAUCGCAUGGAGAAAUUUGUGCCAGCAAAUGCAAAAGUCGAAUGCGAGUUCAAAUCGAAACAGCUGCAACUGCAAUACAACCAGAACAACAACAACAAUAACAAUAAUAAUAGCAUUGGCAACACAUACAUAGUUAAAAUGCUGGUGAAUGGCGCCUCUCUUCGAGAUACUCUAAUCAGUGCAAAGUUCCUUACCGAGGUCUCAGAGCAGGUGCGAGUUAGUCUGUUGGCUGGUCAGCAGGUGCGUGGCAAAUUCACCUCAAUUCGAGAUAUGACCAACUUUAAGAUACAACUCGAGAGCUGCAGCGAUGUGAACUUCUUGUGCAGCUACGAUGACGUUAAAUUUGUCAAGUCCGACCAGGAGAUGGCCAAGGCCUUCAAGCAGUACUACGAGGGUAAAUCGUAUGCCCUAAAUAUAAAGCAUGUGUGCGAGAACAACAUCAUUCACUUGCGACCUGUUAUGCCGCUGCUCAAGGAGGAGCGCAAUCCCUUUAUUUGCGGUUAUCCCGUAUUGGUUAAUAGUUUUAAGGCACUCGUCGUCUAUACGGCCAAGUCUUAUCGUAUUUUGGUCCAGCCCAGCGAUGUGCAGGAAUCCAUGAAGCAGCUGCUGGACGAUAUGUUUGAGUACUACUCCAAGAAAGGCAAACAGCUGCGAAAAAUUGAGAAGGAUCAAGUUUGUGCGGCAUUGAGCGCCGAUGGCAAUUGGUAUCGUGCACGCAUCCUGUCAAAGGAUAACAAGGGCGCACGCCUGGAUGUGCUGUACAUUGACUAUGGCAACUCGGAGCAGUUGUCGCGCGAAAAGCUCAAGCAGCUGGAGGAGAAGUUCUAUGUGAAUCGAAGCUGCUAUGCGGUUGAGAUCAAUUUACCAAUUGGUCGCAUCCAGAACGAUGAGAAAUUAAAGACACGCCUCGCCAGCCUCUUGGAGACGGUGGUCACAGUAAAGCCCAUUGAAACACGACGCAAUCAUCUCAUUGCCGAUGUGCUCCUGUCCAAUGGAAAAGAUAACCUGCUGGACAAGCUGAAGGCAGAGAAGCUCAUUGCGGGCAGGGAUAUUGAUUAUAUGCGCAAGCAGCUGGACAAGGAGAAGCCCCACAUAUACGAGUAUAUUGAAUGCGUCGACCUGACCAUCGAUGAUGAUGAGGAGCACCAGCAGCAGCGCAAGGCAGGCAAAUCAAACUCGACAAACAGCUCACCCAAGACCAAGAAGUCACAGCAGGAGGCAAAGGAAGCAAAGGAACCGAAGGAAGCCAAGGAGCCCAAACAACAGCGCAACAACAACAAACAGCCGGAACAGGUGGCGCCAACAACGGCGGCGCCAAUAGAGCCAGUAGCUGCUGCUCCCAAGGCUGAAACGAAGCCAGUGGAGCAAGUGGUGCCAGUACCUGUUGAAGUUGUGCCUGAGCCGCUACCCGUUCCCGAGAUUGAAACAAUUGUUACUCCUGUAGUCUCACCCACGCCCAGCCAGACAGCUGUCGCUGUGCCACCACCACCGGAUCCGUACAAGGACAUGGAGACCGCUGUGCUGAGCCACUGCGAUAAUCCCGCACACUUCUAUGUGCACACCAUGGAUGCGCUGCCCAAGCUCAAGCGUCUCACCGAGAAUCUAAUGAUUGUGUCGCCAUCGCUGCCACAGCUGAUGGAUGUUGUCAAUGGCGCCGAAUGCAUCUCAAUGUAUUCGAUGGACAAGUGUUGGUAUCGUGCCAAAAUACUCGAUGCGGAGCUAAUGGUGCUCCAGUUCAUCGAUUAUGGCAACACCGAUUGCGUCUCGGACGCCAAGGAGAUCAAGCAGAGCCUGGGCAGCCAAACGGAGCCACUGUGUCUGCCCUUCGCCCUGCCCAUUGCGCCCAAUGGCACGUUGGAGUGGGCAGACGCUGCCAAUGGCAUCUUCAAUGAUUCGUACGAGAAGCUGCUCCACUAUGAGUAUUUGUCGCGCGGCGAUUGCCAAAAGCGCAGCUAUGUCAAUCUCUACAUUGAGGGCGUCGAUGUGGCCAAGAAACUGAUUGCCGAUGGCUAUGCCAAGCCCCUGGAUUACGUGAAUAGUGGCAGCAGCUGUUACAUAUCGCAUGUGAAUAGCAUCUCUGACUUCUAUCUGCAGCUGGAGAGCGACUCGAAGGCGCUCGAACUGAUCGAAAUGUAUCUGGGCGAUGCGGAGCAGCAGCUGCAGCCGCUGCAGCGUUUCGAAAAGGGCAGCAUUGUGGCCGCCCUCUUCGAUGACGAUGGACUCUUCUAUCGGGCCGAGCUACUGCGUCAGAUGCCCGAUUCGCGUUACGAGGUGCGUUUCAUUGACUACGGCAACAAAUCGACGACGGCCAAGUGUUUGCUGCUCUCCGAGCAGAUAGCAACGGUCCCCAGUUUGUCGAAGCGCUGCUCGUUGCAGCUGCCUGAGGAUUAUGUUGAUUGGUCUCAGCAGGCGGAGCUCAAAUUUGCCGAGCUUACCGGCGAGGGUGAAUUGGUUUUUACCACACAACUGCUGCAGCCGGGACUGAAGCAUGUCCUCAUCCAUCUGCUGUUGGAUGAGGAGAAUGUGUUGGAUCAAUUGUUGCCACUUUGCACGCGUAAGCAGCCCAAGCCGGAGGUGGUGCAACAACCAGUUGCUGCCGCCCCGUCCAACGGGGAGUCAAGUGCUGACUCCUCGGCUAGCCGUUUGGCCAUUGUGACCCACGUGAAUAGUCCCACCAGCUUCUAUCUGCAGUUCGAGUCGGACAAUCAACUCGUGGACAACACCAGCGAGCAGCUGAACUCGGAGAACGCCAGUCUGCAGCCUAAGCAGGGCGUUGCUCAGCUGGCUGAGCUGUGCGUCGCCCAAUUUGCCGAUGACAAUGAGUUUUAUCGAGCACGCAUCUUGGAGCAGUUGCCCGCCAAGCAGUCGCUGCAAUAUCGCGUCUUGUUCAUUGACUACGGCAAUCAGGCGCUGGUGGAUAAAUUAUUUGAGCUGCCGUCGGAGCUGGCUCAAGUGAAGCCACUGGCCGAGCUGCAUGCUCUCGAAUCGUGCGUGAACUUUCUGAAAUACCCCAAGGAAUCCCGGGAAGCGCUCGACGCCCUCAUCGACAGUUGCAAUGGGGAGGUGGCCGUCGAGUUUGUCAACAAGACGGCGGAGCCGCCUUUGGUCCGUCUAAAGACGAUGGACAAAAAUGCACUCAACAUACAUGAGCAGCUGCAGAAGCUGCUCGAUGCUGCAGCGCUGCUGAAGCAGGAUAAUAAUAACAAGGAGUGCAUCAUUUCACAUGGCAACUCACCCAAGAGUUUCUAUGUGCAGCUCAAGAAGAACUCGGCCGAACUGGAUCUGAUUGUGAAAACACUGCAGUCCCUGACAGCCGAACACCUCGAGAAGGUGUCGAGUCCUGCCCCGAAAGUGAACGGGAUAUGCUAUGAGGAUGAUUGCUAUUAUCGCUGCUGCAUCCGGCAAGUGUUGCCUGAUGAGAAGGGCUGUGAGGUGUUCCUCAUGGAUUACGGCGGCACUGUGGUCACCCAGCAGGUGUACACGCUGCCCGAGCAGCUAUGUCAAAUACCGCCACUGGCGCUCCACUGCAAGCUGAAUGAAAUACCCCAGGAUGUGUCGGAUGAGCAGCUGGAGACGGCAUUUGCCGCGCUGCUGGAGCAGCAUUUCGGUGAGGUCUACGAGCUGGUCAGUGAACUCAAGCAGGAGGAGGAGGAGGAGACAACCCAGCAGGCAGUGCAAUUGCGCAUUAACUACAAGGAUUUCGCAGAGGAAUUGGCCAGCAUUGUGGCUGGUGUGCAGCGACCGCUCGAGGUGGUGCUGCACAAUUGCUUUGUGGUGCAGUACGACAAUCCCAAGUCCUUCUAUGUGCAAAUGGAACAGGAUGUGCCCGCGCUGGAACAGAUGACCGAUAAAAUGCUCGAUGCCGAUCAAAAUUUUGAACCCUUCACCCAGCUGGCCGUGGGUGCAAUCUGUGUGGCCAAAUUCCCCGAAGAUGAGGUCUUCUAUCGGGCCGAGAUAGUCAAGCUCCUCGAUGAGGGCAAGUGUGAAGUGCACUUUAUAGAUUUUGGCAACAAUGCCAUCACCGAUCAGUUCCGCCAGCUGCCCGAGGAUCUGGCAAAGCCGGCGCGCUACAGCAAGCACUGUGAACUGGAGAGCGCCCUGAUUACCAAGUGCGACGUGGCCGCCUUGGGCGUGUUCAUCAACACUCGCUUCUCGGAGACGUUCCAGCUGGAGAUACUCACCAAAAUGGAUGAGAGCGACACGCAUGUGGUGCGUCUUUUCUAUCAGAACACCAGCAUUGCCGAGCAGCUGCGUCUCCAGAAACAAUCUUAGAGAGGAGAUUCCUCACGAGGCAUCCAUUAGCCUGAACAUUAAUCCAUCCGCCAAACAAAAGGCGUUGAGAGGCAUGCACGAAUGCAGAGCUCUGAUGCUUCAAGCAUUCUGACACACACACACAAACACACACACACACCUUUUACACACACACACACACUCAAGCAUAUUUGCAAUAUGAAUGCAAAAGAUUGUGAUUAAUUUUUGGCUAAAGUAUAUCUGUUGUAUUACCUAAUUUAGUUGGAACAAGUUAAACUUAUUCUGCGAUAAACAGAGGAUUGUAAAAGCUCAUGAUUUUGCUAUAUAUAUAUAGCCGGCAGCUUCAUUGAUUUUUCAUGGAAAACCAAAAUGAAAGCUCAUUUCUAAUUUCUUAUUAAUUAAUGAAAAACAAAAAAAAAAAACAUAAUCAACAAAAAAAAAAAAACGAAUACAAUUGUAUAAGAAAAAAUCGAACAAAAAAAACGAAAAACAUUUAAAAAAAAAAACACACGUUGCAUAAAACAAAUCGAAAAAGUGCAACUAAAAAAAAAAAUAAAAUUGUGAAAAAUAUUUAGAUGCAAAUCUAACCAACGAAAAGUUGUUGAAUGAAAAUGGCAAGGAAAGCGUAAUUGCUCAAUUAUAACACACACUUUUAAAGCAAUUUUAUAUAAUCAAAACUACCAAUGGAGGUUUGUGUGCUGAAACAAUUUUGGGUGGGUUAAUUUAUUAUGAUUCUUUUGUUUUACAAUUACUCACUUCUUUUUUUUUUACUUAUUUCGCUAAUUUUCAAUGUUUAUGACUUUUGUUUGCUCAAUUAAUUCAACUGAAGAAGUGAAAAACACACAUUUUCUAUCAUUUAUAUUACAUACUUUACAUUCAAAUUACUAAUAUUAAAAAAAAAAAAACAUUUUUCAAACAAAAAAAAAAGCAGAAAAAACCAACAAAAAAAAAUCAAAAACAAAUACGAAGCAAAGACUAAAAAUUAAUGGAAUAUGGGGUUUGUUAUAUUAAAAACCUUGCAAAAACAAAAACACAAUGUCAUAUUUUUCUACCAUUUCUUUUUCAUGUUGUAAACAAAAUAAAUGCAAAUAAAGAGAAAACCACGAAAGGGCAAA